AUGGACAGCGCGAAAAAUAAACAGAAGAAGACAUCAAGCAGAAAAAGACGAAGUUCAUCCAAUGGUCUUGACAGUGCUGUCCAUUAUUUCAAAAAUGUUAAAGAACGUGUCAAGACUAAAAACAACAUCCACCUACAGAUGUCGCUGGAGCUCUUGGAGGAGACAUCCAAGACCAAAGGUUUGCCUGCGGAGUACAUGACAGAUCUUGUUGAUGCUGCAGCCAAUGGCUAUCUUAGUGAGACUAUAAGUGUUCGACUGAUUCGUUCACUGACUCCUUCCACAGUGGUACCAGAACAGGCUGUGAUAAAUGCUAUUUCACAUAUGUGUACCAACAAACCAUCCAUUAAGAUUCAGACAUUUUUCCUGCGAUGGAUUUUAGUGGUGUAUGACUACAUUGAUAAGAAAGAAAACCUGCACAAGCUGUAUGGUAUAAUUUUCUACUUCCUAGAAAACCAGACAAUGAUGCCGUAUGUUUGUCACCUUCUUUACCUGUUAACACAAAAAGAAGAUGUUCGACUGUUUCGAGUACGUCGUCUUCUUAUGAUUCAGAACAAAAUGGGAGCACAACCAUACUUGACUGGACUUCUGGCAAUCUACCAACUCUACUACCCAAACAUGAUGUCUGUUGUGAUGCCCAAGAGGUCUCGACUUUUCUUUCCCUCACGAGACAAACAGUGGGAGAUGUUGAUAAGAAAGGUCCAGGAGAAUAACGAACCAGUCCAUUGUGAAUCCAGUCUGGCCCUUAGUCACCUCAAGUCUAUUGAGAACAGCAGACAAACACCCAGAACCAAGAGGCGUAAAACAGACCCUGUACCUACAAUCCACUCAGACACGUCAAGGGAAACAAACGUACCAAAAGAGGAGAUACUAACAGCAAUGGAACAGACCAAGGUUCCCUUUGUGCAGAUUACUGACUUCAAGUGUAUUCUGGAAAAUGUUGAUCGCAUAGAGUUUCCAAGUCAGAUAGGAUCAGUCCUGAGGAGCCAGCUUGGUCAACAUAUGAUGUCAUACACUCGGGACCAAACAGCCACUACACGAUUCUCCUACUGGUUACAGGCCACUCUCACAAAUGAAAUUCUAGAUAACAGCUGGAAUGUUGGUGACACAGAAAUCACAAAAGCCUUACUGGUCAAACUGAUAGAUUUCACAGACUUCCUUCAAGAAGGCCUUCCCGCUGUAGAUCACUUUCUGUCAAGAUUCCUUAGUACAUGGAAUGGUCUGGACUUCCGAUCAGAAAUCCUCCAGCUUGUAGCCAGGUGUCGGAUUUGUACAUUUGGAGAAUUAAACGAUAAUAUACUUGAACCUUUGAGAAAGCUGUUCUGCUGUUCUUCAGUGUAUUUUAAGUGUCAAGUUGUUCAUUGUCUAACACUGCUGGUACGAAACUUUGCGGCCAAUGAAUGGCCUAGAUACAUGGACUGGGUACAGAAAAAACAGGAACAUGCUAAGUCUGGCAAGGAAGGAGAGCCAUCUUGUCACUACAUGCUGUUCCAGGAGGACCGUGAAGAAUGUGACCCACAGAGAACUAUUACAGAUCUGAUAGACUAUGUAACUCAGCUGUGUGUUACAGGUCUUAGACUUGACGAUAAUCAUAACCUCCUUCUAUUCUGUGCACUCAACUUCUUUGAGGAGGUGUCCUGCCUGGAGACAAACUACCAUUUGCCAUUUGUCCACCUAAGCCCACUCAUGUCCUCAGCCCUAGUGGUGCUCUUCACAUGUUUAAAUGGCAUGGGAAUAUCCAGUUUCUGUUCAAUAUUGUGCAACUACAGAAAAUCAGUGACAUCAGUGAAGGAACGCCGGAUUGCUGGAGAGCUGUUUGAGACUGACACGAUCAGUUGUGUGCCCCAACUGAAUGCCCUCAUCCUGGAUACCGGGGAUGCCCUUUGGAAAGGCAACGUGUCCAACAUGAACAGGAGCAGCAAAUAUUUUGAUUUUGACCCAAGAGACAUUCACCCGUCACUUCCUGUGGUGGAUAACAAAUUUGUAUUGUACAUGCACCCCGGCCUGAUGGGCUUCACACUACGCUUUCUCACCCAGACCCAAUCAGAGGAAAAUCUAGGUCACCCAAAGGGAAUUAAGCUUGUCAAGAGAGUAUACCUGGAGUUCCUUGACAGAGAGAAUAUGUAUGGACCAAAGGACUUUGUCACAACUUUCAUUACACCUAAACGUCAGUCCUCCAACACCACACAACAGCCAAGCAUGGUCCAAAGUGUCACUUUGGGCACCAAAGCUACUAGUACAGAUGGUGUAGUUGUCAGCUGA